CCCGCGCGCGAACGUUUUCAAACGCUUACUCCACCCGCCGAAUUAUAAAAAUUGUGCUAUCUGUGUAAAUAAAAAAAUAAAAAAUAUUUUAUCUGUGAUUAGUUUUUAAAAAGUGGGUUUUAGUGUUGUGCCAUUAAAUUCAAGCCAUUCAAGGAUAAUCGAUACGUAAAGUGUCGGCAAGAUGACGACGAAAUCGUACAGCAAGCACAAGGAGUUUAAAGAGUUCUCCAGCAGCAGCAGCGGCAAAGCGCCUUACGCGGGGGAACAAUUCGACAUGCUGAAAUCCGAACUGAUCCCGGCGAACAGCAAGCUUAACAGCAUCGGCAAUGGCGGUCACCGCGAAUAUCAGUACGAGUACCGUGAGGAGAAGCUGCCGCACGGGAAGUACGACCGCAAGGACCUGCACACCGUCGAGGAGUACACAAUACCACCAAAAACGCUGCCAAAGUCCGAAGCCAACUCGUACUACUACGAGCGCGAGGAGCGCGACCUUCCCGCCAUCACCUCCGGCACCAGGACAUACAACUACGAAUCCAACACCAGUUCUACGCCAGGUUACUCAAAGGUGAAGAGCAGCAAGGUGACCAAAGACCUGUCGCACAACGUGGAGGAGCUGGACUCGCUCCUCGAUGACUUGCAGAAGGAUCAAGAGCGACAGCUGUAUAAGAGUGGCUACGCUUCUGACACAGCUGAAAGCACAUCAUUCGACUAUAAGCGAGGCACCCAAGUGAAGGCUCCUUCCAGUGGCUACUCAACCCUCAAGCGUGAGGAACGUGUGGAAUCAUCCUCGUGGGGUUCAAGCCCACCUCCUCCCACCACAACCCGCGCGGCGGAGAUCAGGCAGGAGAUGUACCGUGAGGAGAAAACAGAGUCUCGUGUGGUACCGCAGGUGGUGCCCGCGCUGGCGCCGGCGCCGAUUCAGGCCUGCACGCACUGCCACCAUCAAACCAGCUCCUCAGGCACUCUGUCCCGCUCUAGCACGCCCAUGAACAAAGUGACGACAACAGUGAAAACCUACACGUACGAGGUGCCCGCCGACCAGGACCCCACCACCGUGCCCAUCCCCACUCACGAUUCUCACACUUAUGUUAGCGACACUGAAAAUGUCCGCACUUUGAGCCGAACGACGACUGCCGGUGCCCCGGUGGCGCCACCUCCCGGCGGCUGCCAGUACUGCCAACACUGCAACACCAGCACCAGAGUGCGCCGCGACCAAUUUUCCGCUACUGACGUAUCUGAGCACACGACGGAGCGUAUGGUGUACCCGUCUCCAGCCAACGAAGUGAAGCUGCUGCCAUCCAACCCUCCAGCACCCGUCACCACGCAUCUGACGCCGGAGCGCAAUGGACACGGCCCUUAUGGUCCAUCGGCGUACAAGUACAGCGAGACGACGUACUCGCGGCACGACACGACGGAGCGCGCGACCCCCUCCCCGUUCCCGCGCCCCUCCACGCCCUCCCAGCGCGACCAGCAGCCCCCCAAGCGGCUGGAUGAUCUGCUGGCUGACUUCCCUGAAGCGAGAUUCCCAGUCUCCCAGCCUGACGGCGUGGUGCGCCGCAAGCUAGAAGUCUCCCAUGAGUCCCGCCAAGCCUCCUCACCACCUCCUACACCUACUGCGAAGGCCCCAGCGGUGGGCAGCAAGAACAUCGCCGGCCCAGCCGUGUACUACCCACCUGGACACACGCCGUUCGCGAAGAAGGAUGCUCCUAUUGCUUAUACGGCUGGUGGAAGCGCUUCAGCGGCUCAAGGCGGCGGCGCGUACGCGUCCGGCCGCGGCAUGUAUGAGUACGAAAGCGGCGCGCGCAGCAAGGAGAAGCACUCGGAGAAGAAGACCGCCGUGCCCAUCUGCCUGCCGCUCUGCUGCGCCAUGCCCUGUGUCAUCAUGUAAACUAGGCAUAGAUCUGUAUUGGUAUCAAGAUUCCAAGUGAAAAUAAACUCAAGCCGCCAAUAAAUAAAAAAUUGCCAAGACAAAUGCAAUUUUUAUCUAUCAAAAUAAAGAUUUAAAAUACAAUGGAAUUAAAAGCCUUUUUAUAGGCCUAUGGAGUGUGGACGGCUAAAGUUUAAAGAUGCGUGCAGAUGUGGCGAAUAGGCGAUUAUUUUCUAAUAUUAACAAAAUUCGCUAUUAUGGUUAUAAUUUUCACAUUUACUAUUUUGUAUGUCAGUUUGACCUUAAAUAUUAUUUUGUGAAAAACGAGUUGAACGAUGUCGUUUGAAAUCUAGGAUGUCAUUUGGAAUCUUGAAUACCGUUUGGAAUCUUUAGUAUAUAAUGUACGUGUCGUCGACAUUUUCAAGAAUUUAUGGGGUAUAUUUUUGAUGCCAGAUGUCAUCAAGGAUAUGUGAACUUUGUAGACAAUGCUAAGAAUUUUUGUUGUAUGAAAGUUGUAUGUAAUUGACAACAUAGUUCUUAAGUUCUAAAAUAUGACUUGCCGAUGUAAUGGAAAUAACAAAAUAUUAAUUCAAUUUCAUAACUGCCAUUGUGACUUUUAAAGUUUCCCAAAGGUGCUAAAUUUUUUAAAUGUCAUUUUAUAUCGUAAUUUAAUUGUAUAAUAUAAAUUAAGUCUGUAUACUUCUCGAGGAGAUAGUAUAUAAGAACUUGCAAGAUUAGUCAGAAAUACAUAAUUUAAAAAAAAAACUUGCAAGUAAGGUGCGUUGGGAUAA